CAUUCACUAUUUUUAUUGAUGCUCAUCCUUAUAAAAAUGAUGUUAAAUAUUGUUGUGGAACUCCGGGUCAAAGUCCAGGAUGGAAAAACUCGUUUCAUCGCCUCACGUAUGCAUAUGCUGCUCAAAGGGAUGACAUUACCACUGACCGCAAUUGUUGUGAAGAAUGUGUUAAGAACUCUGAUUGCAUAGGAUGGGUUUAUACGGACAAUGUAUGUCUUUUUGGCGUCAAUAGAAAACCUUUACCCGAUAUUUGCACUUAUCCUACAUUUAGUGAAACAAAUAAUACACUUCUUAAAACUACUCCUUGGAAAGCCGCCGGAGUUAUUCGUUGUCGUGAUGGCUGUAAUCUUCCUCCAACAAAACCUUCCUCAUAA